AAAUGAUAGAGCCUUGUGACAUGUGAGGCUAAUAUCCUUCUUUUGAUUUCCACUUAAACCUGCACACAUUUAUACCACACUCCCCCGUGAAAUAUGAACGAGAAGCUUCUUCCCCAACCAUUUUUGACAUGUAAAUAAGAAAAUAGACGCUAUGAAAGGAGGUAGCAGCUCUCAUCUAAGCAAUGCAAAGGCAGUUGCACAAAGCUUUUCCAUUAGCAAGACCCUAUUAAUAUUGUAAUUGUGUCAUCGACGACAUAGGAGACACCGGCUUGUUAGUCAUGGACACUCAGAAUCAUAAAUCCAGAAAAAGGUUUAGAAAGUGGUUCAAAAGAAAGCACAAGAAAUAUGACCCAUAUCAACUGAGCCAAGUUUCAGAUGGGGGUGAAGAUCAAAGUGAUGAUUACUUAGAUGAGAUUGUCACGCAGUCCAUGGAGAUGGGUUCGCACACUUCUACUAAUGAGUUGAGAAUCUUUGUGGGAACUUGGAAUGUGGCUGGAAGGUCUCCCAUAGGGAGCUUAGCAGUAGAUUUGGAGGAGUGGCUGAAUCUUAAGGAUGCAGCAGACUUGUAUGUUCUUGGGUUUCAAGAGAUUGUACCUUUGAAGACACGAACUGUGAUAGGAACAGAAGACCCAACUGAAGCAAGAAAUUGGAACCUGUUGAUAGAGAAAACUCUCAACAACAAACAUGGCAGCCCUUGGUUCACAUCCAUAUCGAACCCUAUUUCAAGUGAAAACUACCAGUAUGUGGAUAUGCCUGACCCUGAAAGCACAAAAAGCGUUAGCAACCAUACUGGGAGCCCCAUUGUAGAGCAAUAUGAAAUGCCAAAGGGUGUCAGUAAGUACAACCUAAUGGCAAGCAAGAAGAUGGUUGGAGUAUUCAUUAGUGUAUGGAUAAAAAGUGAAUUGCUUAGAAAGUUUUGCAUUUCAGAUGUUAAAGUUUGUUCAGUGGCCUGCGGUAUCAUGGGUUAUUUGGGAAAUAAAGGUUCAGUUUCAGUCAGCAUGACAAUCGAAGGAACUAGUUUUUGCUUUGUUGUUGCCCAUUUGGCUUCUGGCGAGAAGAAAGGAGAUGAAGGCAGAAGGAAUCACCAAGUCUCAGAGAUUUUUAGGCGAACCACUUUCCCUCGAUCUCCCAGCAUCCCUACAGACAAUCAUAUUUCCCACCCCCUCACCAUCUUAGGACACGAUCGGAUAUUCUGGUUUGGCGAUCUCAACUAUAGGUUAUACUUGGAGGACAAUUUAGCCAGGCAGCUGAUAAACAAACUAGACUGGCGAGCAUUACAAGAGUUCGAUCAGCUUCGUAGGGAACGUGAAUAUGGUGGGGUAUUUCAGGGAUGGGAAGAGGGAGCAAUAGAAUUUGCACCUACAUACAAGUAUUCUUCAUCAAAUUGCAAUAGAUACUCAGGUGGGCUUCCAAGCAAAUCAGGAGAGAAGCAAAGAACUCCAGCAUGGUGCGACAGAAUUCUAUGGUAUGGAAAAGGGGUGACACAGCUCUCCUAUUUCCGUAGCGAGAGUAAGUUCUCUGACCACAGGCCAGUCUCUGCCCUAUUCUCAACACAGGUAGAAGUAGAGAAGUCUACUAAUCCUAGAAUGGUUUCACUGCAAACGAUUCUUCCCACCAUAACACUUCCUAAAGCAACUGAGCAGAGCAACCAUGCUGAUAGGACCCAAUCUACAUUGCUAUCAUUCCUGGUGGAGGAUAUAGAAGCAUCACCAACACAUAAAGCAAAAGGGUAAACAAACCAAUUACAGUAAUUCAGCUAUCCUUUGGCAUGCUGGGUUGUUUCAGGCAGGCUUCUUUAGGGUCCAGAAUUUUUUCAUUCUUCUAGUUCUAACACUUUCACAGUACCCUUUUUCUCCUUCUUCAUUUCUUUUUUCUUUUUUUCUUUAAUUUAUUCUUUCUGUUCUAUGAUUGGGCAACGUGAGUUAGAUCUACAACUGCAAGAAGGUAAUAGCUUCUAAAUGUAAUUACAUGCAUAAAAUUACCUUCAAUUUAGUGCAGAAAGUGAAUAUCUAAAAUAUUAAGCAUGUAACUUAUUUUGAAAUGUUUAUGAAAGUAAGCUGAAAUACUCUGUAAAAAGCUUUAAAAAAUACACAGAAUUAUCAUAUUCA